UUAAAGAUAAUCUAUGUGGCGAGAAAUGCAAAAGACUGCCUGGUGUCAUACUACCAUUUCCAUAGAAUGAAUAAAGGAUUGCCUGAUCCAGGAACCUGGGAGGAGUUCAUGGAGAAAUUCAUGAGUGGAAAAGUGCUCUGGGGUUCCUGGUAUGACCAUGUAAAAGGAUGGUGGAAGGCAAAAGAUAAGCACCGUAUUCUCUACCUCUUCUAUGAAGAUAUGAAGGAGAAUCCAAAGAAAGAAAUUCAGAAGAUUCUGAAAUUCCUGGAGAAGGAUGUCAACCAGGUGGUUCUAGACAAGAUACUCCGCCACACCUCAUUUGAAAUGAUGAAGGAAAAUCCCAUGGCAAACUACACUAAGGAGUUUCAAGAAAUAAUGGAUCACUCCGUUUCCCCAUUCAUGAGAAAAGGGUCUGUUGGGGACUGGAAGAAUCAUUUCACUGUGGCACAGAAUAAGAAAUUUGAUGAGGAUUAUAAGAAGAAAAUGUCUGAUACCUCUCUUGUUUUCCGCACAGAACUGUGAUUAUUAGCAGUGGGAGUAAUUCUCAAUGAUCUUCAGCCUUUUCCAUUUUAUGUAUUUUGCUUUUCCUUCACAAAAUGCCUGUGUCCCUAAGAUUUCAAUACCUCUCUUUCACACACCACUGAUUUUUCAUUAUUGUGAGAGUAUCCAAAUUAUGUGGA